AAAAAGAUUCAACGACCUCUCAGUGCAUUUAUGGUGGUGCAUCUGAUGGUUAGACAGUAAGGAGAGAAAAAAAAAAAAGGAGAAAAAAUGGUGCAAUUCAAGUGAACAGACUGUCCUUAAUAAUUGCCUCUCAUUAUAAUUUCACCUAUAAAUCCACUUUCUCUACUCCAUUUUGUACUAUCACUCUCCUCUUUUUCUUCUUCUUCUUUCUUUUGUGCUUCAUUUCCUUCUCUCUUUCAGAUCUUCCUUCACCCUCCAUUUUUCUUUCCUCAUGAAGCAGCUUUCACGUACGUAAAAGAAAAACAAACCAAAACCCUCAUUCUUUUUUCAUGUCAAAGUUAUUCAUUCAGGGGUUCAAGAUUUCACAUUUCUCUCUUUUUGGAAUACUACCCAUUUUUGAGGUGAGUUCUUCUUUGCAACUUUCCUGAGAAAAAGAAAGUUUUUUUUUUCUCGAGAAAAUAUUUUAGUAAGGAGUAGGAGCGGGUUUGUUUUGUUUUAGUUACACCAUGGAUAUAUCUACUGCUUUGCUUCUUUUGGCGGCUAUCACUGCUUACCUACUGUGGUUCACCUUCAUCUCACGGUCCCUACGUGGUCCACGUGUAUGGCCUCUAUUGGGCAGUCUACCAGGCUUGAUCGAGAACUGUGAUCGCAUGCAUGACUGGAUCUCCGACAACCUCCGCGCGUGCGGCGGCACGUACCAGACCUGCAUUUGUGCCAUCCCCUUCUUGGCCCGGAAGCAAGGUCUCGUGACAGUCACGUGCGAUCCCAGGAAUUUGGAGCACAUCCUCAAGACCCGUUUCGACAAUUACCCGAAAGGUCCCACGUGGCAAGCCGUGUUCCAUGAUCUGCUUGGUCAAGGCAUCUUCAACUCCGAUGGUGACACGUGGCGGUUCCAAAGGAAGACUGCCGCUCUGGAAUUCACCACCAGAACUCUUCGCCAAGCCAUGGCUCGAUGGGUCACUAGAGCCAUCAAGCUCCGGUUCUGCCCCAUUCUUGAGAAAGCUCAAAAUAAAGCCGAGCCGGUUGAUCUACAAGACGUAUUGCUACGGCUCACCUUUGAUAACAUUUGUGGAUUGGCUUUUGGAAAGGACCCACAGACAUGCGCCCAAGGGUUACCCGAAAACGGCUUCGCUUCAGCUUUUGAUCGAGCCACUGAAGCCUCUCUUCAAAGGUUUAUUUUGCCGGAGGUUUUAUGGAAGCUAAAGAAAUGGCUUCGGCUUGGGAUGGAAGUGAGCUUGAGCCGAAGCCUUGUCCACAUCGACAAGUAUUUAUCCGAUGUCAUCAACGCACGUAAGCAAGAGUUGCUGAAUCAGCAAAAAGACGGGAACCCACACGACGAUUUGCUCUCAAGAUUCAUGAAGAAAAAAGAGUCCUACUCAGACGAGUUUCUCCAACACGUGGCACUUAAUUUCAUCCUAGCUGGGCGUGACACGUCAUCAGUUGCCCUCAGCUGGUUCUUCUGGCUCGUCACCCAACACCCAACAGUUGAAGACAAAAUCCUACGUGAAAUCUGCACUGUCCUAAUCGAGACACGUGGCGUUGACACGUCAGCGUGGCUCGAUGAGCCCUUGGGGUUCGAAGAAGUUGACCGAUUGAUAUAUUUGAAGGCAGCUUUAUCAGAAACCUUAAGGCUCUACCCUUCGGUGCCGGAGGAUUCAAAGCACGUGGUGGCUGAUGACGUGUUGCCUGACGGGACAUUUGUUCCGGCAGGGUCGUCGGUGACGUAUUCAAUAUAUUCAGUGGGGAGAAUGAGGUCAACUUGGGGCGACGAUUGCCUUGAGUUUCGUCCAGAGAGGUGGUUAUCAGCUGACGGAAAUAAAUUUAUCAUGCAUGACUCUUAUAAAUUCGUCUCAUUCAAUGCUGGGCCAAGGAUAUGUUUAGGGAAGGAUUUGGCUUAUCUUCAAAUGAAGUCGGUGGCGGCGGCGGCGUUGCUGAGGCAUAAGCUGACCUUGGUGCCCGGGCAUAAGGUGGAGCAGAAGAUGUCGCUGACUUUGUUUAUGAAAUAUGGGCUUAAAGUAAACGUGGCAAGGAGAGAUUUGGGAGCGAUUGUUGAGAAGAUAAUUAGUGAAGAGAGAGAAGGAGAGCUGCAUGGUAAAUGCAAUGGUCAAUUGUGAUUAUUUAGUGUGAAAGAGAUCAGAGGCGGAUGGGGAGGGGGCGGGUGUUGGUGGAAUUGGGUGAGAAUAUUUAAGGCGUGGUGGUGAAAAUUAAACUCACAUGGAAGGCGCGUGUGUAGGGGUGGGGAAGGCAAAGUUCUUUUGGCUGUUUAUUCUUUCAAUUUCGUGUAGGGAAGAGGGCGUGCGAGUGGGGCCAUUGAGGUUAAAUUGUUCACGGAUAUUGAGCAAAAGCUCAGGGGGAGUGGAAGGACAAGUUGAUUUCACAGGGGAAGGUUCAAUUCAUAAUCAUGGCAUAACUUUUUAAGCUUCAUCAUUCAUAUAAGAGAGAGAGAGAGAGAGGUAUUUAUUUACAAUUUAAAUUACUCUUGCUUUUCUUGUAGGGAACCCUUUGAAAUUAUUCUAUAAAAUUCUUUAACCUGCUUGUUUGUUUAUAUGUCUAAAGUUGGUUUUAUUAGUAUUUUAUAUUUGAUAUUUUGUGUAAGCUUGCUGUGAUAUCUUGAUUCAAUGAAGUAAGUUAAUUUGCUUUGAA